UGGUGUUACUAAAGUCCGCCAAUAGUAAACAACGUCGUUUUUUAUCCUGAAGCGGUUUGCGCCCUCUUCAAAUCAUUGAGAUUAUCUAAUGACUCAGAUACAGAAAUUAAAUACUUCACUAUGAAAUCAAUAGUACUUGGAUCUGACAUGUUAUAAUAACUACCACCUGUACUACGUAGUGGUUUCUGUGAAGACUGCACUGAAGAGAUCGUGAUGAUUGAUCAUUCGAUCAUUUCGAUGAAGUGUUAGUAAUACUAAUAGUAUAGUGGCCUACCUAGUUGUUUAACUUGUUAAACGAAAGUUGGUAUUUUCUCCAGGCACAUUGAACAUGGAAAAUACCAUUGUAGGAGAAUGGCUUCGAUCGCUACGUUUAGAAGAACACACAGAAUCAUUCAUAGAUAAUGGAUACGAUGAUUUAGAGAUUUGUAAACAAAUUAGUGCUCCUGACUUAGAUGCUAUUGGCGUCAUUGAUUCUCACCAGAGAAUCAUUUUGCUUGAAGCAGUACAGAGACUGAGAGAAGAAGGUGCUGCUUCUGUUUAUUUUACUGUUGAAGAAGCCCAAGCAGCAAGAGGAUCUAAUGCUAGAUUACUCAUAUCUAGUAAAAGGAACUUUCAUGGUGGAAUCUGUAGCAUUUCUGGCAGCUCUGCGCUAACUCCUGGUGAAGGCAAUCAACAGAGCCUCAGUGAAUCAAGCACUGGAGUGAGUCGUUGCGGCAGCCCGAGCAGUAUUGAUGCCUAUGAAGCUGGCAGAGCCGAGCUGGUGCGUGUGCCUCAUGGGCAGCUGCGCAACAUGCUGGACAGACUACUGGAGAAGGACAAAGUCAACCUGGCUGUCCCGCCCUACACAACUUGUGAUGGCAGCAGAGGUGUGCUGGAGGGUCUGGCGUCGCGCUAUGCAGACCAGUUCAGCACGCACUACCAGGACGUACUAGACCAUCUAGAACAGCUACGCACGAGCGCGGUGGUCUCCACACACCCUGCCCCCGUGGCGGGAGGUGACCCUGGUGACAUAUUGACACCCAUGAACAUGGGUGGUCGCGUAUCUAUGUCAUCACCCGGUGCCGUGUCGUGUGACGCGGUAGGCAAGACCUGCAGUGUUACGGGAGGCGUCGUCACGUCGGCAUCAUCAGGGCAGCUGUCAUCACUGAGCUCAUCGCCUGAGCACCAGUCCACCUCUCACUAUCUUCCCUCGCACUUCUCGUCCACAGACCGCGCCAUUUACGUGCCGGGCAAAUAUAAUCCCUCGAGCUGCCUAUAUUUGAACCCGCGCUCGCAGUACAUCUACGAGCUGCCGCCUGUUGGAGGCCGUGUAGGGGGCAAGCGUCGGCUGGGUCUGAGUCGCCUAAUCAAGACGCUGCGUCGAGACCUCAAGAAGGCCACCCCGGGGCGCCUCAAGGGCCCCAGCCUCGCGCCUGCGCCCACACUCAGAGCUACUACCAUCACCAUCACCAGUCUUCCUCAUCAUCCUCUACCACCACAACAACCACCUUACCACCUCCUCAACACCAGCACCAGUACUCUAACACCACCAACACCACGAGCCUCCCUGCCACCGACAGCACCAGCAGCUCCCCCCGAGGCUCGCAACACUCAUCCCGCUCCAGCGGCGCACAGUCGACGGCUGCGCAGGGCAGCGCUGCGGCAGGGCAUCCCAGUGGGUGUGUGUGGGUUAGGAGCACAGCGCCGCCUCCCCACACGGCACCCGUCACCCCAGCAUCCACGACACCCCGAGACUCGGGGCUGCAGCUUGCCAUAG